AUGGCCGCAUCUGUGAGGAAGCCUUUUCCGUCUGUUGCCCCUAGUCCGGCUAAGAAGCCGAGGUUUGAGCCGAGUUUCCGUGGUGGAUACCAAGGCUCCGGUUCUAGGCAGGGUUUUGAUCCGUCCAAGUGUCGGAGGUGUAAGAAGCCUUUACAUCCGGGAAAGGAUUGUGAGGGUGCUGCUAUUGUUUGCUUCUAUUGUAGAGAGCUAAGCCCCAUUGUUCCUCCUAGUCAUUCUGCUCUGCCAAAGAAUCGGGUUUACAAUAUGACUCAUUCCGACGCCGAUGUUCAUCCCGACGUCAUCUCAGGUACCUUUCUUGUUAAUUCUGGACCUGCUUCUGUGUUGUUUGAUUCUGGUGCAUCUGUGUCUUGUGUGUCUAAUUCAUUUGCCAAGAAAGCUAAUUUGACUUCGAGUUCUCCUAUUCGGACUCUUAUUUCUCUACCUUCUUGGGAGAACUACCCUUGUUUGGCCGAGUAUUGUGGGGUGCCUAUCUCUGUGUUGGGUAUUGAUCUGCCUGCCGAUCUCAAGGCAUUCUCCAUGGUCGAGUUUGAUGUUAUUUUGGGCAUGGACCGGUUGUCCAAGUAUCGUGCUCAGAUUCAUUGCCGCGAUCAAAAAGUGACUCUUCGUAGUCCAUGUGGCAAACAUAUCUCCUAUAGUGGAGUGGUGUUGAAGAAGGGAGUAAAGAUCGUUUAUGCUCUCAAAAUGCAAAGGCUCCGUCAGAAAGGGGAGCAAGUGUUCCUCUGUAUGGUAAAAGAUUUAACCCAAGAAGCGAAGUUAGAGGACAUCCAUGUUGUCCGUGAGUAUCCGAACGUUUUUCCUGAUGAGCUACCGGGUAUCCCUCCUGAAAGAGAAGUUGAGUUCAACAUUGACUUGACUCCUGGUACUGCUCCUUUGUGA